UUCUGCUGCUGUGUCCGAUGCACAAGAAGGCCCACAUGCGGCGACUGCGCCUGAUGCACGCCCUGGGCUGGUACGAGGAGGGGUCACGACUGGUGAGGAAGUUCCAGGCACUCUUCCCCGGGGAGACAGAGUUCAGUGACAAGAUGAGACUCGACUGCGAUAAAGCGGCAGCCCUCGAGACGUCCAAGGUCUUGUUACUCCGCAACGGCCACGGGACUCGACGACGCAAUAUCCAACUCUCCCAGUGGGAGAACUCCAAAGAGUACAGGGCCUUUGACUACUCACAGAGGUUCACCGGCCACUCGAAUGCCCACACGGACAUCAAGGAGGCCAACUUUCUCGGGGAGCGGGGAGAGUACGUGGCGGCCGGGAGCGACGACGGGAACAUCUUUGUCUGGGAGAAGGCCACGGGGAACAUUGUGCGAGUGCUUCACGGAGACGACUCCAUUGUGAACUGCGUCCAGUGGCACCCGACCGGGCCCAUGUUGGCCACCAGCGGUAUCGCCAGCACCGUCAACCUGUGGGAGCCAAAGCCAGUUGACUAUGAGGAUCCUCAUUUAGUAAAGGACGUGUACAAGACGUGCAAGGAGAACCAGCACCGGAUGAAGGUGGACCCGUUCGAGGUCAUGCUCAUGAGGAUGGGCUUCAACAUCGCCAGUAGCAACGGGGAGGGAGACAGUGAUGAGGGGGAGGAGUCUGACGAGGGGGAGGGGCGUAGGGCUGCGGGGCGGGGCAGACCGCCUGGCUGGCUGAACGAUCCAGCUGCUUGCAGGCAAAGCUGACGAUCUUCCUAAUGUCUGUCUGUAUGUGUGUGUACCUAAGGCUUUUCUGCCUAUACUGCUGCAUCGUGUUUUACCAGGCUGAAGAAGGAAAUUUAUUAUCAUCAUGUUUUAGUUCGAAUGUCAUAUAUAUGAACAAUUAUCUUAAUCGUUCAGUAUGGAUGUGUACAAUUAUCCUGGGUACUUUUAAAAUAAUGUGAAACUUCAUUCCAAUG